UCCGUACUUUUGCAAAUGGACAUCAAGGAUCUUUAUCUCCCGUACCACAAGUUCCACUUGAUCCACUAUCAAUGAAUCUAGCAGAACAACAAGCAACGUAUCUUCGUCGUAUGCAAGGUCAUCUUGAGUCAAACGAUCUCUCAUCAGUUAUACGAGAGUUUAUAAACUUAAAGAAUCAAAACAUUGCUCCAACUUUAGAAAUCUAUCACAUUCUUUUAAAAUCAUGCACAAAGACAUCUGAUUUACAAAGUGCCAUUCAAAUUAUCAACCAAAUGUAUACCGAUUCACACCAUUCUUCCAUACCAACAAAAGAGACUUACAAAUAUUUUUUGAAUGUAGUUGAAGCAUCUUCAGAUCACUUAUUAACUAUAAGCGUUUUAAGGUCAAUUACAAAUGGCCAGGUUCCUUUGGCUAAUUUGGGUUCUAAAACUCCAAGUUUAACUGAUUUACGACCAAUUAAUGUGGAUGUAGAUUUGGAAUUAUGGAAAUUAAUAUUAAGAAUUAUGACCGUACCACAUAAAAUUUAUACAACGCAAAAAAUGGAUUAUUUUGAAGAUGUAAAAGAAUUAUGUGAAACGUUCAUUGAAUCAUUCAGAGGUCCAUUUGAUGAAGAAACUUGGAGAUUGAUCAUACGAGCUUUAGGAUCAUAUCCUAAAGAAAAUGAUACAUUUCAAAAAAUGUUACAAAGACUUCAAGAUGAACAGUUAUUGACUCCGGCAUUGUAUUCUGAGAUAAUUUGGGCUUUAUCGCGAAAAUCAAACAUACAACUGGCAAAAACUUAUUUAGAUCGAUUGAUUUCAAGAUUUAAUUACAUACCAUCACGUGAAUCUUUUUACGCAAUGCUUUCUUAUUAUGCUGAUUUAGGAAGAUUUAAAACUGUUUCAAAUUUAAUAAAUAGGUAUGCACUUUUGAUUAAAGAUCCACAAUCUCAAAUGGCAACACGACAAAAUUUGAGAGAUUUAUGGGAAUUUGACUUUUCAACAGUCUUAAUGCAAGCUUAUGUUCAAGCACUCUCUAAAUAUAUUUCGAGUCAAAAAAAGUCAGAGGAUCAAACUGAUAGUCUUUUAGAGGAUACAAUGGAUUCGAGAAUCCAAAAGACCAUAGAACAAAUAGAUUUUUUUUCAAGUGAUGAUUUUACAAAUAGUUCAUUUUAUUCUUCAUGGAAAGAAUUGGUUAACAGUCUUUGUAAACAAUCCUCUACUUUAGACUCUAACUUUCCAAAAUUUCAUCGUGACCAUUAUGAUUUAAUAAUUAGAUUCAAUAUUUUUGCGAAUCAAAUUAGUCCUAAGGAGUUUCCAUUAAAUAAAAGUUUGGAAAUGUUAAAAAAUAUGAGAGGUGAAGGAAUGGAACCAACUUUUGAAACAUAUCGAAUUAUUUUAGAAGGAUAUGCACAAUCACCAGAAUUUCAGGCUGUUGAUGAAAAGUCUGUUGGUCUGAGAGUCGAAAAAGCUUUAGAAAUCUUUGAUAUGAUUAAACUUGCAGGAUAUGAUGUUGAUAAUAUUCAAGUCUUUCAACCAUUACUAAAAUCCUGUUUACUUCAGUUUGAUGGUAGAGAAAAUAUUGAUAAGAAACCAAAUUUAACUGGGCAACAAGAAGAGAAGAAAGAAUCAUAUAAUGAAAACAUUUCCUUACUUCGUAGCUCUCUAACACCGAAGAUCUUUGAAAUAGAACAGUUAAUGAAAAAUUUCAAAGUAAAACAUACUCAAGCCUCCACAAUUACAUUAUUUCAACAAUUGGCUUCGGUAGGUGACUACAAAAACAUGUGGAAACGAUGGACCAAACUUUCAUUAAUGGGGUAUCGAAGAAAUGAGGAAUU